AUGGCUGCUUCAAGUUCAACAGAAGAUAUUGAAAUGGCGGUGGCUAUGGAGGAGAUUGCUCGUGAGCACCACGCAGGGGAUAUCGAGUCUGCUAAGCACUCUGAGAACUGGAACUCCACGAACGAGGAUGAAAUUAGUAUUGACAAAUGCAUGGUGAAAAUACCUGAUUGA